AUGAGCAUCACUUGCACGCACGUUACGCCAGAAUGUCCCGUCACAGCGACAACAUACGGCUACUACCCCAACCUCGGCGGUAACAUCUUUUUCGCCGUCUACUUCGGCCUUCUCGGCACCCUCCAACUCGGUCUCGGCGUCUACUACCGCUCCUGGACAAUGAUGAUCGCAAUGGUAAUCGGCGGAUACAUGGAACUAGCAGGAUACAUCGGCCGAAUUCUAAUGAACCACAACCCCUGGGACCAGGGCGCCUUCAAACUGCAAAUCGUCUGCCUCGUGCUCGCCCCGACCUUCAUCGCCGCCGGUAUCUAUCUCACCCUGAAGCACCUCUUCACCUGGAUCUUCAUCAGCUGUGAUGUCGGAUCACUCAUUCUCCAAGCCGCAGGUGGCGGUGUCGCCGCGGCAGCAGGCAGCGAGAAUCAGAGUCUGCUGAAGGUGGGCGAUGAUAUCAUGGUAGCGGGUAUUGCCUUCCAGGUGGGCACGAUGUCAGUUUGUGGUCUGUUAGCGUUGGAUUUCUUCAUCCGCGUCGUGAGAAAGGGACCUGGUUUGGGCGGCGAGAAGUUCAUUGAUGAGAAUGGAAACCUCACUGGGCCGAAAAACCUCAGACUCGUUAUUUGGGCCGGCAUUGUGGCUUACUUUGCUACUUUGAUUCGGUGUAUUUAUCGUAUCCCUGAAAUGGCCGGUGGAUGGGGUAACCCGCUCAUGCAGAGAGAGGAUGAAUUCUUGGUUCUUGAUGGAAUGAUGAUGGCGAUUGCCGUGAGCUGCCUUACCUACUUCUACCCCGGAUUCUUCCUCGAAUCUAUCCGGAAGGGGAUGAAGAAGACGCCUAAAGCCUAAUUAUAUACAAAAGACCAUAUACUAGUGUCCAUACUACAAGUAUAGUUACAUUCAAUAGAUACCCGUUUACUAUCGUUGCAGUUACUGCCGGUAUCUCAGUAUGGUUUUACCACUAUACAUACCCGUUCUAGUACCAAGGAGGAAUACUUCGGCAGGCAAAAGUCAGUGGGUCCGUGUAUUUAGCCCAUAUACCACAAGUAUAUUCACUGGGAAAGGAAACCCGCCUACACCCAAAAGGAUAUACAACCAGGGUUUAACAGCGCACGAGAAGAAGCAUGCAAGAGUAACGAGUGCAAUGGUAGAUUGAAUGAAAAGAAGGAAGAAAGGCAAAAGUAAAAAGAAGUGAGAUUAAACUCCAUCGUAGACCAAUUAACAACGAGAAAAAGAAGAAAACUCCCCGCAUCAGCAACAAGAAUUGUCAGGCGAAAGGGGAAAAAUGCAUAUAUCCCGUACGU